CGCCGCCGCCGUCGCUCAUUUAUUGAAUUCUCCAUUGCUAUAAACGCAGCAGCACAGUCUGGCCAUGCCACGCCAUGCAGCAGCACAGUCUGGCCAUGCCGUGUUACCAUCCAGUAUUGAAUUCUCCGUCGCUAUAAAUGCAGCAGCAGCCGUACAGUCUGCCGAUCCCACCUACCGGAGAUAGAGAUUAGCAGAGUCUUUGGAGAUGGACAGCGGCCCAUGGCUUUCUGAUGAACCCGGGACCAAAUAUGCACAGAUCAAUGCCUUCAGUGAUCGUCCAUUUGGGGGAAAUCCGGCCGCUGUGUGUUAUCUGACCGAGAAAAAGUCAGACAAGUGGAUGCAGCUUGUCGCCAGGGAAUUCAAUCUCUCUGAGACCGCUUUCCUCCUGAAGAUCCCUGAUGUCGCUGCAAAUAAUGAAUUCAGUCUUCGAUGGUUCACCCCAAAAGUUGAGUAUGAUUUGUGUGGGCAUGCGACAUUGGCAUCGGCCCAUUUUCUCUUCACGUACGGGUUUGUUGACACCGAGAUCAUCAAAUUCCACACAAAAUCUGGGAUUUUGACAGCCAAGAAGGCUAGAGAUGGCGCAGGGUCUCCAGAUAUGAUAGAACUUGACUUUCCAGUGGUUCCACUGUUAGAAUGUGAUGCAGAGGAUGUGGAGAAGUUGAAGAGCGCACUUGGUGAUGUAGAGAUGGUGUGGUCCGGGAAGCCCAUGUCAGGUGGUUAUGUGGUUGAGCUUUCUAGUAACGAGGAGGUGAAAAGGUUGCAGCCCCGCUUUGAUAAAAUGCUAGAUUUUCAUGGCAACGGAGGUCUUACUGUGACAGCUGCUGGAGGCCAUGACAAUAAACUUGAUAUGACAUCCAGAUUUUUCUGUCCUAAGGCUGGUGUUUUAGAGGAUCCUGUUACUGGAAGCGCUCAUUGUGCAUUGGCACCGUAUUGGGAGUCAAAGCUUCAGAAGAACAUCCUGAAUGCUUUCCAGGCUUCAGAGCGUGGUGGGAAUCUGUGUCUUGUUUAUGACAAAGUUGAAAACCGGGUAAAGCUACUAGGGCACUCGGUGACAAUAAUGAAGGGGAUACUUUUAGACCAUGGUGCAUAUUGACUAUCAGCAUCUUACCCUUUUGAUCAAUUCAAUAAAGAAGGCUAAGGCAGCGGAUAGCUUGGUAUAUUGAUAACUAUGAUGACCUGGUAAACAUUAUCUGUGUGCUACUUGGCAGCAAUUAUUUCAGUGUAAGGAAUGGAUGAUUUGCUUUAAGGAAUGAUGAUUUGCUUUUUCCAAUAAUGUGACAAUAAUAUGAGACUUCAUUUUUCAAUGGAUUCUUUUGAUA